GUAUUGUUUAUGAUAUCUGGGCGGCCACAUAUAUAAAGAAAAUAUCACCAUCAAGUAAAGCAUACAUGUUGUUUUGAUCUUGAGGAGUGAGUGAACGUAUAUGGUCAUUUUUUCCUAAACUACUUUCGUUUUAAAGAACAGAGUAAAGAUGUCGAGUGAUAAUUCAAGCCGAAAACGUAAAGGAAUGUGGCAAAAACUAAAAGAAAAAAAGGCUGUUGAAAGAGAACAUGAAAGUAAUUUUAAAGCUGGGAGAAUACCAAUACAUGAAAGACAUUUACAUAGAACUGGUAUUCGGGGAAGAAAAAGAUAUCUUUAUUAUGCAUUUUUAUAUCUAUUGGGUAUACUUUGUUUUAUUAAUCUUGUGAUGUUGUGCAUUAUGCUGAGUGUUUUGCGUAUUGAUAAAUCUGGAAUGGAGAGUUUAUCUCUAUUCAAAUCCGGCUUAGUUCGCUGGAUGUAUGGAGGGGACUUGCAGCAAGUUGUGUUGAAAACAGGUGAAAUUGGAGCUUUUAAAGACAAAAAUCUAAAUAUCAGAGGCAAUAAUGCUGGGGUGAAAUUUGUUAAUAAUAUUCCUGGAACAAAAGGAAGCUCUGCUUACGUUGGAACUAAUGGAACUUUACUCAAAGCGAAGAAUGGUGUACGAAUUGUCUCCUCUGAGAUUAACAAGACGAUACUUCAUAUAGCUGAACGAAAAGUUGUCUGGGAUGUACCUGCUAAAGCUGUCAAUUUGGAUACAACUAACGUUGUUUCACACAGGAUCACUAGUGACGAUGGUAAAGACUUGAAUAUCGACGCUGCAGAAACUUUAACUAUACGAGGAAAUGAAAAUGUUUUUAUAGAUUCGAAAGAGUUAAAUUUGAAAGCAGACAAGCGUAUCGAGCUCAAAGUUGGAGAUGAAAAAGAUGACGUGUUGACGUUUAACCCUGUAUCUUCAAAAUAUACCUUCAAGAACGUUCCUGGAAGUGUAAAACCCAGCAAUGGUUACUCUGGCAUGAGAUAUCGACUGUGCAUAUGUACUACAAACUACAAGUUAUUUAAGGUCCAGGCUGAUUAUCAGUGCAAUAAUGCGAUCUCAGCUUGUUCCGCAUAACAAGAUUUUCCUCGACUUCAUGCAGUAUACUUUUAGGUUUUUCAAAUUUAUGUGUUAUGUAUCGGAACUUACUACAAGUAUAGCUUAAGUUUUGACGUGUGUAAUUUCGGAUAACUGUUUUUACUAAUAGUAUAUACUUAGUUAUUAGUAAUAAGUGUGGUCAUGGAAUAUUUUAGAGAUACAUAGUGCUGCAUGCAUGUAUAAUAUAUAUACGUGCAAUUUUUAAUACUUCGUUUGAAGAGUAUUUACUCAUAUAUAUAAGUAAUAUAAAACUAUAAGGAAUUAUAGUAAACGAAACUUCAA